AGUCGUCAGAGGCAGGGAACAAGUCCAACUGUUCCAACGAGAUUCUCUCUCGUCCUCGCGUUCCUUCUCUCCCACACACACGCACGCACGCAAACACACUCUAUUCACUUUGUUACUUAUAGAACUCUCCGCCACCCUCUGCUCUAUCUCUCUAGAGCUUUCUCCAAUGGCGACGAUCAAUCUUCCCACGAGAAUGUCCCUGCCGAAUCCCGACCUCAUUAUGGCCUCUGAUCGCCUCGCGGCCUCCAAGUACUUGAGCGACUUUGUGUUCCAGUCGGAAGUGCCAAGAAGGAAAUGCGUUCGGAAGCAAAUUAGAUCGAUGAGUAUCACGGAGCAGGGCCAGAGUGGCCGGCUCACUUCUCCAAAUGGUGCUCUGGGUGCUGACAAAUUGAACUCUCCAUUUGAGCUUCAGUCUAGUGAUUUCACUCUUGGUCAGGAAAGGGUAGCUUUGAAUGCUCAAAGGAAAACUAAGAUCGUAUGUACAAUUGGUCCUUCCACAAGCUCACGUGAAAUGAUAUGGAAACUAGCUGAAGCUGGAAUGAACGUUGCACGUUUAAAUAUGUCACAUGGGGACCAUGCUUCACACCAGAAGACCAUUGACCUUGUAAAAGAAUACAAUGCUCAAUUUGAAGACAAGGUUAUAGCCAUAAUGCUUGACACCAAGGGUCCUGAGGUUAGAAGUGGAGAUGUACCUCAACCAAUUCUGCUUAAGGAGGGACAAGAAUUUAGCUUCACUAUCAAAAGAGGAGUCAGCACAGAUGACACUGUUAGUGUAAAUUAUGAUGACUUUGUGAAUGAUGUAGAGGCUGGAGACAUACUGCUGGUUGAUGGUGGAAUGAUGUCUUUAGCUGUUAAAUCAAAGACAGAGGAUCUGGUCAAAUGUGUGGUAGUUGAUGGUGGAGAACUGAAAUCUAGGCGUCAUCUAAAUGUGCGUGGAAAAAGUGCAACUUUGCCUUCAAUAACAGAGAAAGACUGGGAAGAUAUCAAAUUUGGGGUGGACAAUCAAGUGGAUUUCUAUGCUGUCUCUUUUGUAAAGGAUGCUAGAGUGGUCCAUGAGUUGAAGGAUUACCUAAAAAGUUGUAGUGCAGAUAUUCAUGUGAUUGUAAAAAUUGAAAGUGCUGACUCUAUACCAAAUCUUCAUUCAAUAAUUUCGGCAUCUGAUGGGGCAAUGGUUGCCCGUGGAGACCUUGGAGCUGAACUGCCAAUCGAGGAUGUUCCUUUAUUGCAGGAGGACAUUAUUCGAAGGUGUCACAGUAUGGAGAAACCAGUGAUUGUAGCGACAAACAUGCUGGAAAGUAUGAUAAAUCAUCCUACACCAACAAGGGCAGAGGUCUCUGACAUUGCAAUUGCGGUACGAGAAGGUGCUGAUGCAGUCAUGCUUUCAGGAGAAACUGCCCAUGGAAAGUAUCCAUUGAAAGCUGUUAAAGUAAUGCAUACUGUGGCCUUAAGGACCGAGUCAAGUCUACCAAUUAGCUCAACUCCUCCAAAUCAAUUGAGUACCUACAAGAGCCAUAUGAGUGAAAUGUUUGCUUUCCAUGCCACGACUAUGGCCAACACUCUCAAUACUCCAAUUAUUGUUUUCACAAAAACAGGAUCCAUGGCUAUACUUUUAAGCCAUUAUCGGCCUUCCUCGACAAUCUUUGCCUUCACAAACGAAGAAAGGAUCAAGCAGAGGUUGGUGCUUUAUCGUGGUGUCAUGCCCAUAUAUAUGCAGUUUUCAGAUGAUGCAGAGGAGACCUUCUCCAGGGCACUCAGGCUACUAGUGGGCAAGACUCUGUUGAAGGAGGGAGAGCAUGUUACUCUUGUCCAAAGUGGUGCACAACCAAUCUGGCGUGUAGAAUCUACUCACCACAUUCAAGUUCGAAAGGUCCAAGGUUGAUUUUGCUCUAGUGAAGAGGCUUUUACUUCGGUAGAUAUUAGUUUAGAGCAGCUAAUAUCUACCAAGUUUGAGAACCACGAUGUUGGGUAUUUAUUGGGAAUACAGUGCAUAAGAAUUAUUUCAUUGAUUUAGAAUUAUAGAUAGUUUGCUUGGGUUGAUAUAUAAGGUGCCAAGUCUGUCAUUUUCCA